AUGGUCAGCAUCACGGGACACAUUAUGGGUGUUCAUGGUGCUCUGACAGUGACAACGAAAACAGACGACUGCCACCCACUUCCCUUCUUCUCAGAUGAACUCAAUCGACUAAAGCAAGCCAAAAAUGCAUCUGAAGAACAAGGGGGUAAAAAUGAAUGCAACAUCGGAUGCGAUCUUGAACAGCUGAACCAAGCAGAGACCACUCUUUCCGCAGCGAAGCGACAGGAACCAUCAAAGAACGACCUCGACCCUGGCACCCUCCCUCAGGGCCUUGAAAAGCCCGAAAAGCUCGCGAAGCAGAUUAACUGUCCGGAGCGCACUGCUCUCCACGACGCAGCAGUGACCGAGAACAUGACCGGGUCGCUUUAA